CUGCCGUCCGUCAGAAACGUGACGUGAGCCAGUGAAAAUCAGCGGACUCCGUGUGACCGAGCUGAUAACCAGCGGACUCUGUGUGACCGAGCGGACAGCACCGAACGACAUCGAACGCGGGGUAAAUUUAAUCGCUGUGAUCACGCGUGGAGUUCGCGUAGUGUAAGUGAAACAGUCGCGACGGAGGAGGAACGGGCCCAAACUGGGUGGCGGAUCGCUUGUGAAGCGCGCCUCCAGCAGCUCGGACUCGCGGCUUUGUGGUGAAUGAACCGCGUGGUCCACAGAAAACAGAGGGGCACCUCACUUCGGCGCAGCGAAACGGCUUACUGGUACAAACGGCUUCAACCCGCACCGCAGCUAUGGCCCGAAGAGUUCAGCUGACGCGUAUACUUCUCUUCAUUAUCGUGAUUGGAGGAGCCCUUGUUUUCAUGCAAGGGAUACCGUCUUAUACUGGACAUUCCGUACAGAUAGUCGCCGCUCGAGAACGGGAGAGCCCUGCAGCCACCACCAGGUCGUCUUUGCUGCAGCCGCCCAGCCCAACACCGUCUUGGCAACAUGUCAUCGAUGGACAGAGGGACAUCAUAGCUCAGGAGCUGGCCGACUAUCAGUACAAGGACACCACGCUGGAGGAGCUGCUGGCGGCCUCCGGAGGCGCGCCCCGCCGCAGUCUGGUGGUCACCACCUGGCGCUCGGGCUCCACAUUCCUCGGUGAUGUUCUCAACAGUCACCCGGCAAUGUUCUACCAUUACGAGCCCCUCAUGGACUUCGGUAUACGACGGGCACGCGACGGUGAACUAUUGGACAAGGCAGUCAACAACCUACACAACCUGAUGAACUGCAAAUACGACACGAUGGGCGAAUACAUCUCGUACAGCCGCGGGCACACGUACGUGUUUCUGCACAACAGUCGGCUGUGGCGGUACUGCCGCGGCGGCCAGUGGCCGGCCUGCUGGCGCGCCCAGUUCCUCGCCGCCUUCUGCCGGCUGUUCCCCUUCCAGACGGCCAAGACGGUGCGGCUGCCGCUGGCCGGCGCCGGCGCGCUGCUGACGCGCCUGCCCGACCUGCGCGUGCUGCUGCUGGUGCGCGACCCGCGCGGCACCAUGCAGUCGCGCCGACACCGCACCUGGUGUCCGGGAAACGCCGACUGCGACGACCCGGCGCGGCUCUGCGCCGACCUCGAGCGCGACUUCGAAACGGCCAGCAGGCUCGGCCAGACCUACGGCACCCACAGACUGCGGGUGGUUCGCUACGAGGACUUCUCCGUGAACGUGGCCGCCUCUGUUCCGGCCCUGAUGGAGUUUGUCGGCCUUCAGUACCAUCCGAGGGUUCGCGACUUCGUCAAAACGCACACGACCUUCUCCAAAGGCGGCGUGUCCAGUACCUUCCGGAAUUCUACAACGGCGCCCUUCAACUGGGCUCGCUCCCUCAGCUGGACCGAAGUGAACAACAUUCAGACCAAGUGCGCAAAUGCCAUGCGAAUCUGGAAGUACAAGAUUCUGAAGAAAAAGGAAUGGGAAGUGCUAAACACAAAUGUGGACUUGUCCCUUAAACCAACCAUGUUUCUUGAUAAGUUUAGCUUACAAAAUAUGCUGGGAAACAACGAGGAAUAAUGCAAAGCCGGUUGAGUACACCUAGUCAAUAUCAGACAUGUGAUUUGCUCGAAGGUAAAGGACGAAGGCACGUCCCUUUAUUUCAGGCAGUAUGAUCUAGAUUCAGGUUUAUGAUAAAAUAGGUGCAUUCGUGUGGGACAGCGGUAUUGUUUCGUUAAAGUUACUAAGC